CCUCCACAUGGUCCUUUCCGCGCACCUUUUUCAGGCUUUCCUAAUACAGCUUCUCUUUUCUGUUGCGGGCAAGAAAAUGGAACGCAGGGAAGCAUUUUGCUCCGUUCACUUGUACAGAAUGAGGGGGAUCUGACUGCAGUCAGGAAAAUAGGGCCUACUCAGUUGCUGCCCCCACUGCUGUGAUUAUGUUUUCCUAAGCAAGAAUCAGGAUGAUGAUCAUGUUGAUCUUUGAAAGAUGUGCUGUAAAACAAACCGUAGGUUUUUGCUCCUAUAUGCGAGCCAGAAGGGUCAGGCAAAAGCUAUAGCUGAGGAAAUAUACCAUCAGGCCAAGGACAGUGGGCUUGAAGCAGAUCUUCACUGCAUCAGUGAGUCAGACAAGUAUAACUUGAAUAGUGAAAAAGACCCUGUGGUUAUUGUUACUUCUACUACGGGUACAGGAGAGCCACCAGACACAGCAGUCAAGUUUGUUAAGGAAAUUAACGAUAAAUCUCUGCCGUCGGACCACUUUUCCCAUUUACGAUACGGAUUGCUAGGCCUGGGAGACUCAGAAUACACAUUUUUCUGCAAUGGUGGGAAGAUAAUAGACAAACGAUUUCAGGAACUUGGAGCACAACGCUUUUAUGAGGUUGGACUCGCUGAUGAUGCUGUCGGUUUGGAAUUGGUGGUUGACCCUUGGAUUGCUGGACUUUGGCCUGCCCUCCACCAAGAAUUUGCAUCCAGAAAGAAAGAAAGAAACUACACUGAACAACCUCCAUCUCUUUGUGCUGAUGCAGUUUGUAACUCGUGCAUAAACUCCAGAGUAGAGCGUUUGAAGCUAGAAGUUUUGGGUGUGAACAAUGAUCUCCUAGCAAAAGCAGUUACUAAGUCAGAACUUCCCCUUCAAGGCUCUCAGCCUUCACUUUUCCACUCGGUUCCUCCACUUUCACAGUUGGCUCUUAAUGUUCCUGCUUUGCCACCAGAAUACCUAGAAGUGCACUUUCAAGAAAGCUCUGAGCAGGAUCCCAGCCUGUGUUGCGUUUCAGAGAGCUCCGUUUUCCAGGUUCCUGUCAUCAAGGCUGUUCAACUUACUAGGGAUGAUGCAAUUAAAAGGACUUUGCUGCUAGAACUUGAUAUUUCUAAAACCACAUUUAGCUACCAGCCUGGGGAUGCCUUUAAUGUCAUUUGCCCUAAUUAUACCAGUGAGGUGGAAGAGCUUCUUCAUAUCUUGGGACUGUCAGAGAAGAAAGAUUACUUUGUUUGCUUGAAGGUUAAGGCAGGCACUAAAAAAAGAGGAGCAGCUGUGCCACUGUAUAUACCUGAAAAGAGUACUGUGAAAUUUAUUCUGACGUGGUGUCUGGAAAUAAGAGCAGUUCUCAAAAAGGCAUUUUUGCGCUCUCUGGUAGAAUACACCACUGAUGCUGGAGAAAAAAGGAGACUGCAAGAGCUGUGUAGCAAACAAGGAUCCUCUGACUACAAUGCUUUCAUAAGGGAUGUGGGUGUGUGCUUGUUGGACUUACUCCAUGCUUUUCCAGCUUGCAAGCCUCCCCUAAGUCUUCUCCUGGAACAUCUUCCUAAAUUGCAAGCCAGACCCUACUCGGCUGCAAGCUCCAGUUUAUUUCAGUCUGGAAAGAUGAGUUUCAUCUUUAAUGUUCUGGAGUUUCCCACCCAUCUAGGUGAACUGCGAAGAGGGGUGUGCACCGGGUGGCUGCUUCAGCUGGUUUCCCCAAUCCUUCAGUCAAGUACAAAAGCGGAGGAGCUCCUAAUUCCAAAGAUUUCCAUAUCUUCUCGUCCAGCAAACAUUUUUCACUUACCAGAGGAUCCAUCAAUUCCCUUUAUUAUGGUUGGUCCAGGAACUGGAAUUGCACCAUUUAUUGGUUUCCUGCAACAUAGACAGAAGCUCCAAGAAGAUCACAAAGACUGGACAUUUGGAGAGACAUGGUUGUUUUUUGGCUGUCGCCACCAGGUCAAAGAUUACCUGUUCCAAGAGGAGCUCAGGUGCUUUGCUGAAAGUGGCACAUUAACUCACCUGAAGGUUUCUUUCUCAAGAGACGCCCCAGCUGCAGUAGAAGCUGCCACUCCUAAAUACGUGCAAGAUAACCUUCGGCUUUACUGCAAAGAGGUUACCAGGAUUCUGCUGCAGGAAAAAGGGUAUUUUUACGUGUGCGGAGAUGCAAAGAAUAUGGCUAAAGAUGUGAACGAUGCUUUAGUAGAUAUCUUAACUUCUGAGAGAGGAGUUGAUAAACUGGAAGCACUGAAGAUGCUUGCUCUGUUAAGAGAAGAGAAGAGAUAUUUGCAAGACAUCUGGGCCUAGGAACUAGCCACUCUCUGCUUACUCCAUUUGGCAUUGAUGAUCU